AUGUAUCACCACUACUCUAGUCCACCUCCCGGGUGGUCCUCCUUCGACUACAUGAACUCGCCUCCUACCUCGCCUCACUACGCCUACUACGCAUCGCAGUUCACCAACCCCUUCGGCACCCCGCAAGGCACCCCCAAGCGACACGCCCGCAAGGCCAGCUACGCUGCUCCCCCCAGCAAAGAUGCAGGAGCGUGGCACUCCGGAUACAGCCAUGGUUUCUACGGCGCAAUGCCCGAUUUUGGCACCCCGUCAAAGCCCGAAAAUGUAAGUGCCUUUUUCAAUGGCAUUCCGUCAGCCUAUCGGCGUCGCAAAACCAUGUCCGGUGCUGCAGCAGCUGCUCACACCGGCAUCUAUGACUAUGGUGCUGCUGGUCCUCGACCGCAGCAGUCAUCCCGGAAACGAUCUAUCUUUGUGGAUGUGGUCGAUGAUGGAUACGAUGAUAUGCCUCGAUACGCCUCGCGCGAGGAACCGAACAAAUCCCGGCGACGCCCGUCGGCGUCGCACCGGAAGCCAAAGCCAGCCACUGAUCCUUUCUUUUCCUCUACCCAGGUCCCUGCCUAUGACGACGCUGAUGCUGCCAAACGGUCGCGCGCCCGCCGUCAAUCCACAUCCACCCGGAACCCCGCCAAACCCAAGCCAGCCACUGCCUCCAAGCCGCCACCGAAGGCCACCGAAGAGGACGCCGCCGCCGCAGGAAUCCCGCCAGGCUAUUCGAUCAAGAACUGGGACCCAACGGAGGCGCCAAUCAUCCUGCUCGGAAGUGUGUUUGACGCCAACUCUCUCGGCAAGUGGAUCUACGACUGGACGAUAUUCCACCACGGCGCCUCAACCCCAAUGGCCGAUGUCGCGGGCGAACUCUGGCUGUUGCUGAUCAAACUUGCUGGUAAGGUGAAGCGGGCGGACGACUGUGUGGACCGGAUCAAGGAUCGUGAGUCUCAAGAAACCGUCGAGGACUUUUUGGAGAGCGGGCGGCGCCUCUGGAGGCGGUUCGCCAAGCUGCUCAAAACAUGCGAGCAGUUCAUGUGGAAGGCUGCUAAGCGCGAGGGACGCGGCUCGGUGUCGAUGGGCCGCAACGCGGGCUGUGAAUUCGUUGAGUCGAUCUUUGGUCGCGACCGCGAAUUGGAGAACACGGAGAAGCUGAUGAACAGCAUCCGUGUGUGGAACAUGCGAUUCGACGCCAACUGCGACGAAAUCUUGCGAAAGCGCACUGCCUAG